AUGUUAAGUGCUCAAAGACCUACCACCAGCACCUCCACAAGCCAUGGAGAAACCGAUCACGACCAAGAACAUGAAGAUAUCCGCGAUAUCCAUGCCUUAACCCCACCCCCGCCGCCUUCGGUGCCUCGAGGCCGUUGGGAAACGGGUAGCCAUCGCUCAAUAUCCAUGAGUAGUGAAGGGGCUGCAAGUGAGAACUUCACCUCCAUGAGUAGAGAGUUCAAUGCUUUGGUUCUUGCUGGUUCUGCAAUAGGAACUAGCAUGAACAACAACAAUAGCGGUUCUGAUCAUAAUGAAGAUAGUAACUUAAACAACCUGUUGGCUAGGAUUGGAGAAGAUGAAGUUCCUGAAGAGACUAACCCUUUGGCUAUUGUGCCUGAUACUCGCCCCUUGGACCCAGAACCCAGCUCAAGCUCAAGAAGGGUUGGGUCCAAUCAGGUGGUUGCUGUUGGUGGUGGUGGUGCUGAUGUGUCAGUGCAGAGAGUGAAGAAAGAAGAGAUAGAAACCAAGAUAUCUGCAUGGCAAAACGCAAAGAUUGCUAAGAUCAAUAAUAGGUUCAAAAGAGAGGAUGCCAUAAUUAAUGGCUGGGAAAGUGAGCAAGUGCAAAAGGCUUCUUCUUGGAUGAAGAAAGUUGAGAGGAAGCUGAGGAGAAAAGAGCAAGACACUAGAGAAGAUGCAGAAUGA